AUGAUAUCUAAGCCACUGCCCGUGUCACAGAUACUCAUCUGGACAAUCCGAGCAUUCUACCUGCUCAGCAGCACCAUCAUCCUAACCGUACGACUAAUUGGGCCCUUGCGAGAACGCUUCCUUGCAUACGGUGCUCGCGAGGACAACUUGACCAUCAACAAAAAUGACACAAACACGACUCCGACUCCCCUAACCUCUAGUACUAUCACACAAUGUCUAGAUUGGGCCGCAAGACUCAAAGUUCCUCAUUCAUGGUUCAGCCAUUUCUAUAUCGUUUCGGUGGUCUCAUCACUAUUCUGCCUAUCCUUCUACCUCUACCGCUACCCAGUAUUCUCCUCUGGGGCAGCAGCAACAACAGAUCCAAUAAUCCCCACUUUCUGCACGAUAUUGAUGCUCAUCCAGGGCUGUCGAAGAUGGCUCGAAUGUCAGGGUGUGUUUGUGUUUCUGACAGCACCACAACAGCAACAAGAGCCACAACCAACCAAAGGUAGUCGGUCGCAAUCGAAAAUGUGGAUAGGCCAUUAUGCAAUCGGCCUUGCUUUUUACGUGGUCACAAACGUCGCCAUUUGGGCCGAAUACAUGGGCGUACAUGUUGGUCAUGAUGUUGACGUUGCACACUGGCAGACUGGACGAGGUCUUCUGACUCCCAGGGUCCUAAUCUGCACCUUGUUGUUUCUCUACGCGUCGUACAAACAGCAUUACUACCACAGCUAUCUGGCCGGUCUGAAAAAGUACACUUUGCCCGUCGGGCCCGCUUUUCGCCUCAUCGUGGCGCCGCAUUACACGGCCGAAUGCGCCAUUUAUCUGGCCCUGGCGGUGCUGGAUGUUGCGCCGCAGACGCAGAAACAAACAGAGAUCUCUUCUAUCAACUGGACACUCUUUUGUGCCCUGGUUUUUGUCGCCGUCAAUCUCGGUGUGACUGCCGAUGGCACAAGAACUUGGAUGAUGUACAAGUUCCCGGAGAAGAAACAGGAAAUACAGAGGAGAUGGCGGAUCCUGCCGGGGAUUUGGUAA